AUGUCCGCGGCCGCGUCGCGCGCGACGCGACGCGCGCUCUCCUCGGUCCUCGCCGCCGCCGCGUCGGCGUCGGCGUCGGCGUCGGCGUCGUCCGCCGGCGGCGGCGUCGCGGCGACGACGACGACGAUGAUGUCGUCUCAUGGACGCGGUGCCCUCUUCGCGACGACUCUUCGCGCCGCGACGGCGGCGCAUCAUCGCGAGUCUUCGAGUCUUCGAGGCUUCGCGUCCUCCGCCUCCGCUUCCGCCGAAACGUCCUCCAGCCCCGGGAUCUUCGAGUUCCGCACCGACGUCGUCAUCCCCGCCAACCGGAACGACUACCUCGCGACGUGCUACGAGCGCGAGUACAGAGAAGCGCGAGUCUCCAUCCACGAGGGCGCCUUUCUCGGGAUGUGGACCGUGGAAACCGGCGGCGACCUGAACGAGAUCACGCACGUCUACCACUACCGCGACUACGAUCACCGCGACGUCGUGCGCGCGAACGUCAAGGGCGCGAAGGACGAGGAAGCGUGGGCGUGCUUCCAAGCGGACGCGUGGCCGUACGUCAAGUCGAUGAAGUCUGAGAUUUUUCUCCCCGCGACGAACGCGCUCGCCGCGGGCGGCGUCGCGGCGGACGCGCACGCGCACCUCGCGUCCGUCGUCGCCGCGGACGCGAAGGACAACGGCGUGUUUGAGAUGCGGCGGUAUCAGCUCGAGCUCGGGUACAACCCGGUGCCGAAGCUGAUCGAGCACAUGUCGGAGGGGCUUCCGUCCAAGUUGGCGGCGGAUGAGAAAAAAUUGGGCACGUUGGCGUGGAUGGGGUACAGCGACCUCGGCGGAUUGAAUCAGUUCGUAGAGCUGUGGCGGUACGACACGUGCGAGGAUCACAUGAAGGUGCGGGAGAGCGCGCGCGGCGCGGAGGCGUGGAAGGCGUGCAUCGGGAAGAUCGCGCCGAUGGUGCAGAGCUUCGACACGAAGCUGAUGCGGUUGUGGUUGCCGUGACGACGAGGAGGAGGUCAACUCGACGUCGGCGCGGAGCUCGAUCUUAUUACACGUAGUUUUACGAGCACAACACGCGCAGGGCUGCUGCUCGUUAGAGACCACUCGACGU